AAGGCAGACUAAGCUCAAAUAAACACACACAUGCAUAUACACACAUCAUCGUCGUCGUUGUCGUCCUCAACCUCCUCCUCAUCUUCAGUGCUAUUGCAUCAGUGCAGUGGGAGAGAAUUGUGUCUGCUCGGAGGAUGCGCUUUGGAUAAAAGGAACAAGGAAGCGCUUGAAGCACACGGUCUCAGUGAGGACACAGAAAGGACAUUCAGUUCAGGUCUACAUCAGGGGGUGGAAGAAGCUGUCAUUUAAAAAAACAAAGUAUAUAUAUAUACAAAUAUACAUUAUUUUCCUUUUUUGUGCAAUGAUUUUGUGGAGUCUCAGGAUAAGCCGGAAACUUAAAUUACGCACAAAGAUAUAAAUAAUAAACAAAGAGACGCUCCACUGAUUUGAUCUCAUUCCUAUUGGGAUGUGUUCUUAGCUUCAUCUAAAACUGUGACGUCACAUUGACUAGAUUACAGUAAUUGAACUUGAAAGCUGGACUUUCAUCAUAUCAUAUAUGCAUCGUGUAUAUACUCGUUGUGUUUCCUAUUGUGCUCUUUACGUGUGUGAAGACGCAGAGCGGGUAUGCUGAUCAUCUCUAUACAAGUGUGAAGACGCAGAGCGGGUAUGCUGAUCAUCUCUGUACAUCAGCUGUUCCUCACCGUGUCCCAUUUCUUUACGCGCACUUGAACUAAGAUCAAUCCGGUGUCGUCCCUCCCCAACGAAAACACUGCGCUCGUAUAGCUGCAAAUCACACAUACCGAGCACUCGAAACCAGCAGGCAUCACCAACACAGCCUUCUCCAAGCGCUUUCUCUGCUCUGCUUAGUAGCUUAGACAGAAGGGGACAUGACGGACGGACCGAGACACCGAGGAAGCGCGGCUUCUGGAUGCGCGGAAGAAGCGACACAAGCCGGGAAAGGAGAAGGACAAUCAUCUGUGGCCCUGAAGAAGGAGAUCGGGCUUGGGAGCGCAUGUGGGAUCAUUAUCGGUAACAUCAUAGGCUCGGGGAUCUUCGUCAGUCCUAAGGGUGUGCUGGAGAAUGCUAGCUCUGUGGGCCUAGCACUCAUCGUCUGGAUCGUUACAGGAGUCAUUACUGCCAUCGGUGCUCUCUGCUAUGCUGAACUAGGGGUCACCAUCCCUAAAUCUGGUGGUGACUACUCUUAUGUUAAGGACAUCUUCGGUGGAUUGGCAGGGUUCUUGAGAUUAUGGAUUGCCGUAUUGGUGAUCUACCCCACCAACCAAGCGGUCAUCGCUCUCACCUUCUCCAACUAUGUUCUUCAGCCGCUCUUCCCUACCUGCUUCCCGCCAGAGAAUGGCCUUCGCCUACUCGCAGCCCUGUGUCUCUUGCUGCUGACUUGGGUGAAUUGUUCCAGCGUGCGCUGGGCCACUCGCGUACAGGACGUGUUCACUGCCGGCAAACUCCUGGCCCUCAUCCUUAUCAUCAUCAUGGGCAUUGUUCAGAUCUGCAAGGGCGACUAUUAUUGGCUGGAGCCAGUCAAUGCCUUCGAGCCGUUUCAGGACUAUGAUGUGGGUCUGAUAGCUCUAGCAUUUCUGCAAGGCUCAUUUGCUUAUGGAGGUUGGAACUUCCUUAACUAUGUGACAGAGGAACUGGUUGAUCCCUAUGUAAACCUGCCGCGUGCGAUCUUCAUCUCCAUCCCUCUGGUGACUUUUGUUUACGUGUUUGCUAACAUUGCCUACGUCACUGCCAUGAGCCCCCAGGAGCUGUUGGCCUCCAACGCUGUUGCUGUGACGUUUGGUGAGAAGCUGUUGGGAGUGAUGUCAUGGAUCAUGCCCAUCUCGGUAGCUCUGUCCACCUUUGGGGGGGUCAACGGCUCCCUCUUCACCUCCUCUCGGUUGUUCUUCGCUGGGGCCAGAGAGGGCCAUCUCCCCAGCCUGCUAGCUAUGAUCCAUGUAAAGCGCUGCACACCUAUUCCUGCUCUGCUCUUUACUUGUAUCUCAACCCUUCUGAUGCUGUGCACUAGCGAUAUGUACACGCUUAUCAACUACGUGGGCUUCAUCAACUACCUCUUCUAUGGUGUCACAGUCGCUGGGCAGAUUGUCCUGCGCAUCAAACAGCCUGACAUGCCACGACCAAUCAAGAUCAGCCUUGUGUGGCCAGUGAUCUAUCUGUUGUUCUGGGCCUUCCUCCUGGUCUUCUCUCUGUACUCUGAACCUGUGGUUUGUGGCAUCGGCCUGGCUAUUAUGCUCACCGGAGUGCCUGUCUACUUCCUGGGUGUCUACUGGGACAGCAAGCCUCAGUGCUUCAACACAUUUGUUGAUAAGAUGACAUACCUGGGCCAGAAGUUCUGUGUGGUUGUCUAUCCUGCAGAAGACGAGAAACCUGAAGAUGGCAGCGGAGGAGAAGGGAUCGAGAUGAAGGAGGAGUCUGCUCCUCUGUCUGGAGCGAACAGUGCGGCACCAAACUCGGCCGAUUGCUGAACACCACAAUGCGAACACACACACAUACACACACACACAUGCAGUCAAAUGCAGGCUGCCCGACUGACACAGAGAUCCACACUGCUAAAGUGAGCGCGAACUCAUUAAGCACACACUAGUACGCCUUUUUUCGAUUGCUGCAUCUGCCUUUGCCUCUGCAGGGUUGUCAUUUUUAGAAGUGAGGUAGAUUGAGGUAGAGGUGACAGGACACAAGUGAGGAUGGAUAAAGGACCUUUACAUUUUAACCUUAACACCUCAACAUGGUCGCCAUACUGCGGCGGCUUCUGUAAAGAAUCCAACUACACUUCUUUAUAUCGAUCAUCUCUACGUCCUGUUUUACAACUUAGGGAAAUUUAAAGAUCAUAAACCAUCAAAACUGAAUGUACAGAAGACACUACUCUUUUGGUUAUGUCUGAUUUGUAAUACUGAAAUAAAUCCAUCGUCUUUGCUGAUGUAGAGAUCCAACUAAACUAAAAGUUCUUUAUCAUACACAGUUUAGCGUUGGACCUCUCAUUGUCAGAUCUCAAGAACUCCUCACCCUUUUUUACUAGAUAUAUAGUCAGUGGAAAUGUAUCUUUUACACACACACACACACACACACACACACACACACACACACACACACACACACACACACACACACACACACACACACACACACAUACACACUAUAAAUGCAUGUUUAUAUAUGCCACAUCCAGAUGCGCAGCGUCCGCUUAGUGCAGUAUUAGUCUUUCAUUACCUUUUUAUUAUCUUGAGUGUAGUAUGAACAUACCAAAGUGUUUUAAUUCCAAUCUUUCAUGGUAGAUUCAGCUGCACCAAUACACUAAGAACAGCUUUUGUGUGUUUGUUUGUGUUUGUGUGGGUGUGUGUGUGUGUGUGGGAGUGUUUUAAUUCCUUUUUUUUUUUAAAUUAAAAACCCAUACUUAUUGUAAUUGUUUAUUUUUUUUAUGAUGUUUUGUCAGUCUAAAUAUUGUUAUUAUUACUUUUUGUGUUUUUCAUUCAAUGCUUUUUUUUUUUUCUUCUUUUCUUUUUUUUUUAUCCAAUUGAUAACUCUGGGAUUUUCUUUUUUAAAGUUUGAGAUAAAUGUCUAUAAAAUAUAUAUUUAAGAACCACAUUAUUGUGCUUCAGAGUAGUUUUCUACCAGAGUCUUUAUCUGGUGUACAAAUCUAACAUUUUAAUUGCCUUAAUUCUAAUAUAAUAUAAUACUUAGAUAACAUGUCUGUAUUUAGGCAUUCAUUUAAUAUUUUUUUCUUAUCACCAUUAAACAAUCUUUUAUUUUUCCACAUUUUCUGUGAAGAUAAAACAGUUUCCGAAAAACAAAAAAGUCUCUGAAAUUCUAUGCUAGCUGCUGACUUGCUUAUUAGAAAGAGCUAAUUUAAUAACAACCUCCAUGAUUUCACUGCUGAUUUUCUGUUAUAUUCACACACUCUGAAGUACAGUAUAAGACACGUGCAUGUGUGUGAAUGUGUCCUUUCAUGUCGGUAAAAGGUUUUUUUUAUAACUCGUUUGUCUUUAGUUUAUUUUUCAAAAAAAAAAAAAGUUAAAUGACAAGAGUAAGAAGGGAGUGCUAUAUUUUUGUUCUUAAAAUGAAUGUGGAAAAGACAUGAAAAUGGUUCAAAUGUUACUUCAGAGUGCUAUUGAUAUUCAUAUUAUGAUACAAAUAAGGUAGAUGUAUUCUAAGUGUUAAUGUGGGUGCAAUAACUUUAACUGACCAAACCAGCCCUGUUCUUUCCUCUCUGUGUCUAAUAUACUGUAGUCUCACGUUCUAUCUGUGCUGCCGCUGUAAAUAAAUAAAUGAAGGUAUACACA